ACCGCCCGCCCCUCCCCCCACUUCCUGCGCGCCGUCCGCUCCCUCCCCCCGACCUUUGACCCGUCCAGCUCGGCGUCGUACGCGCGCCUGCUGUCCACUUCCGGCACCCACGCCGUGCGGUCAGCGCGCCUGGGCGGCCGCGUCCGAGCGCUGACCGCCGUCCGCCUGUGCCGCGCCGCCAUGGCCGGAGUGACCGCCGAGGAAGCGUCCGACUGCCUGAUGGCCGAAGCCUCCUUCGGAGCGGUCAGCGCGGCCGCGGGCGCGUGCCGGACGGCGCGGAGGUGGCUGGAGGGCAACGAGAGCUUCGGCGAGUUCUUCGGCCAGAGGUUCCUGGAGGUGGACGGAGGAGUGGACAGAGACGGCGAUCUGGUGUUCGGCCGGCCGGAGGGGUUCUCCAAGUGGUUGAGGGGGGUUCCAGAAGCUCCGGCCGUUGUCCAGGCUGACCUUUGGCCUCUCCACGCCCUGGUGCCGCCCAGUGACCCCAGGAGGGCGGCCUUGAGGGCGGCCAUCGGCAGCUACGUGGCGGCCAAAGCGCUGAGGGUCAACUGCAGCUGCGGCCGGAGUGGACACACCAGAGGUCAGUGGUCAUUGGGGUGGUCAGUGGUCAAUGGUCAGUGGUCAGGGGUCAGUGGUCAGUGGUCAGUGGUCAGUGGUCAGUGGUCAGGGGUCAGUGGUCAGUGGUCAGUGGUCAGUGGUCAGUGGUCACCAUCGGCAGCUACGUGGCGGCCAAAGCGCUGAGGGUCAACUGCAGCUGCGGCCGGAGUGGACACACCAGAGGUCAGUGGGCAGUGGGG